AAGAACCAAAACAUGUGAGUACAGUACAGUACUAAGAGCAGCAGCGAAAAACAUGGCGAUCCCCCUUAAAGCAGCCCGUCUCUCUCGCCUGGCAGGACGGACUGUCACCUCUCUCUCAGCCUCACAAACUGCCAGCCUGCCAGAGAGGAGAUGCUACAUCUCCACCUCGACGGGGAAUAAUUUACAGUUCAAGCUGAAUGCGCUAACGGCUCACAGCAGUCUGGACCUCUUCAAGAAAGAAACUGGCAUCAUCUACCGCAUGCUGGGCCUCGACCCCAGCCGCCUGCCAGACAACCCAGAGCGUUUCCGAGACUGGUCCGUCGUGUUUGGUGAUGAGAAGGUCAGCAGUGGACGACACUACUUUGAGGUGACGGUCAAAAAGUCUCAAGAGUUUCGUGUGGGCGUUGCCGAUGCGGCGAUGUCCAGAGAGGAUUGUGUGGGAACGAACAGCUCCUCCUGGGUCUUCGGCUACGCUCAACGCAAGUGGUUUGCUAUGACCAACAACAAGAUAAUUCCUGUGACGCUAGUGGGCAAGCCAGACCGCAUUGGCAUCCUUCUCGACUACGAAGCUGGCGUUCUGGGGCUGGUAGACGUUAUACAACCCACAAUCAUUCACACUAUCAAAGCCCAGUUCAAAGAUCCACUCUGCCCCGCGUUUGGACUCUGGGACGGGGAGAUGCUCACACACUCUGGUCUGGAGGAGCCCGAAGGCCUGAAGUGAAUCAGUACGAACUAUGAUGGCUGUAGGAAAUCAUCAAAUCAUUUAACGCUUAAGUACAGGUGAUGGUCAAGUUGGAUCAUUAGAAUGACUCUUUACAAAGCAGGUUCAUACUUUAUGUAUGCCAUCCAGCCUCAGGCAAUCAUAUCACAGAAGCUUUUUUGUGUGUACCUCAUGUAUUACCUCGCAUACUAAAUGAUGUGAAAAUUGUGUGUUGUUAAUGUUUUGUUCUCUUUACCCUGGUAUUACCAUCACAGUUACAAAGCUGAAAUUGUCACAAAACCUUUUUCAGUCUCAUGUUCAUACUGUACACUGUUUAAUAAAAUAACUUCACAGAAA